CCGCUUCUUACCCUUCCGCUCCUCUCGCAACCGACAACCAUCGCCGCCCCGAGCGAUCAACUCCUCCCGCUCCGGCUCGACAUCGACGACGUCUUCGAUAUCCUCUACCGCAUCGGCCUCAGUAGUAUCACCACCAGCAUCCCUCCAGCUUUCCCCCUCGACCUCCCCGACGAGCAGUACAAAGUCCGGCCACAGAUCUUUCUUCUUGCAACCUCCUGCUCCUUCCCGUCUUUGUCCUUGGACCUGGCCAAGCUUGCUCUCACCUCGCCGUCGCCGCCGCCGCAGCAGCAGCACUGGGAAGUGCGACCUGAUGAGGUCACAAUCUUUCAUCAUCUCCUGCACUCCAGGUCGGACGACAGCCGCAGACGGGCAAGCACAUGCCCAUCUCGUCUCGUCGCUGCUGGUCCCAAGUGCCGUCGGUGCUCUCCCCGCAGCAACCUUACUUGUCGUGUAAGUCGCACUCCUCCUUGCUCCCAAUCAAGCGCCGCACCUCCCGCGGUGUUAUCCUACCAUCCCGUGAUGAUCAUGGCCCCGGCUGACAGCUUCUUUUGGACGAUGCAGAUCACGAUAUUCUCCGUAUCACACGGGAACCAUUUGGGCUUACUCGUGUUGAUUGCAGUCACCUACGAAGACAUCAAGUCGCUCAAGAACGACUGGUUGACAGACAAUAACAUUGCUUUCUGGGAAGAAUGGCUGGAACGCGAAGUCCUCCCCAAGUACCCUCAAGCCCGCAUCAUCCUGCUUCGGCCCUCAAUGACCUUCCUCCUCAUGAAGGAGCCCGACAUGCGCCAGAUCCGCUCCGCCCUCCCCGACUUCUCCAAAGUAACACACAUCUUCCUCCCCAUCAAUGACGCCCGCAACGUCGCCCAGGCCGAGGGCGGCUCCCACUGGUCCCUGCUGCUCGUCAGCGCCAUCGACGGCGUCGCCUUCCACUACGACUCCCUCGGCGGCGCAAACUACGCAGAAGGCCGCCUCGCCACCCACAAGAUGUCCGAGAUCCUCGGCCGCCCACUCCGCUAUCUCAACCUCGACGACUCUCCCCAGCAGGAGAACGGCAGCGACUGCGGCGUGUUUGUGUGUAUCCUAAUGCGCCACCUGCUCAUCAAGCGCCUCCUCAGCGCCAACGCUCGCGAAAAGGUCAGCAUGAGCAUGGCCAAUAAGCUGAUUGACAGCCACGGCGGACGUAAAGAGAUGCUCAAAAUUAUCGAGAGCUUGCGCAAGGAGGGCGAGCGGAGGAGAUCGAGAAGCGCAUCACCGUACUCGUCAAAGACGCCGCCACGGAUCGAGUAG